AUGUGUAAAUUGAUGAAAGUAUCACGUAGUGGUUAUUAUGAAUGGUUAAAUAAUUCUGGAUGUAAUAGGGAUCGAGAAGAUCAUGAAUUAACAAACAAAAUUGAAAUUAUCUUUAAAGAAGGUAGAAGUAAGUACGGCACUAGAUCUAUUAAAAAGGAGCUAUCUAGACAAAGUAUCAUUGUUAGUAGGAGGCGCAUUGCAAAACUAAUGAAAAAAGCGAGUCUAAUAUGUAAAACUAAGCGUAAAUUCAAAGCAACUACUGACGCUCAUCAUAACAAGCAAAUUGCUCCGAGUUUAUUAGAGAGAAAUUUUACAGUUCCUGAGGCUAAUUGUUAUUGGGUUGGAGAUAUAACUUAUAUUCCAACUAGUGAAGGGUGGUUAUAUUUAGCAACGGUUAUUGAUCUAUUUUCUAGAAAAAUUAUAGGAUGGUCUAUGAGUAAUAAUAUGAAGGCUGAUUUGGUUAAUAAUGCUUUAUUAAUGGCAAUAUGGCAGCGUAAACCAGCAAAAGGUCUUAUUUGUCAUACUGAUAGAGGAAGCCAAUAUUGUUCUGAUAGUCAUUUAAAAAUUUAA